AUGGCCCCAUCAGCAAUACACAACGGGGCGCUAUCACCCCCUGGAAAUCGCCAAUUUUCCAAUGGACAUCACCUUCCAAAGCUCAAUGGCUAUAACGACUUCGUACUAUCACCAAGCUUCGACCAACGCAGCAUGAAUGGAAGUGAUUACUUCCCAACACCUUUGCUACAAGACACAACUCAAAAGAUCAUCAAAAUGUACCGGUCUGAGCUCGGACAAAGCUCUGAUAAAUUUUUUCAGAGCUGCAAAUCUGUAGAAAGUUUCUUCGACUUUAUUGCUACCAUCAGAUUGUCGCAGAUGCCACAUCACGGCAGUCGUUGGGACAAGAUAUUGAAAUGGGCAGAAUUCUUUACAGGUCAAGUUUCCACAUACAGUGAGGAGAUCUCCUCGUUCACCACACAGAGUGAACAGGCAACAAACAUCAUUUAUGCAAGCUGCAAAACAUUAUUGGAGAUGGGCCCGAAAUUUGUUCCUGUCCUCGAGAAAAUAUUCGGCGUACUCUACAAUUGCAGUAUCACACUUGGCUUCCUUGUCCGUCACCAUGAGCUUGUACAUAUAGUUGAAGAGCUGCAAACUGUUUUGGUGGCUUGUUACGCAGAUCUGUUGAAACUCUUGACUGGAGUUACGAUAUAUUACACGAGAAGACAACAUGAUUUGACCUUCAGCAUUCGUACCUUCGACGAAUUAUUUGGCAAAAGAAUUGACGAGUUCUUCUUGCACAGUGAUCAUUUUGUAGAUAAAAUUUGGUCAACGAGACUUGAACGUCUAGCUGAGCCUGGAGAUAAUUCAGUGGAAGCUGUGAGAAAUUUCCUAACCCCACAUGAUCGAGUUACAAGAAUCCUUGCGACUAAUCACCGUGCUCACGGGGCGAGAGCCGAUUUUACAUGCGAGUGGUUUGACAGACCUUUGAGAGAAUUUUUACGGAGCGGGAAGAACAUCUUUAUGGUAACUGGAUCCGCUGGUUCAGGAAAAUCCGUACUUUCCGAAUGGGUUGUUGAAAGGCUCCAAGCUUUCAAAGGUCGCCGAGCGACAGAGGUGAUUCGCUAUACUAUUGAUGGCACAUUAAAAACGGAGCUAUCAACUCUUAGUAUUGUCAAGGGACUCUUGCUACAAAUGCUCCAGCUCAGUGCUGGUGAUAAAGCUUUGUACAAGGAAUUAUUUCACGCAUAUGAGUUGCAUGUAGAAGGCAAUCCAAGUACCAAAGUUGAGGACUCAUUGUGGGCCGCUUUAGGCCAGAGUCUUCGAACCGAUCGCGACCAGACUAUUGUCAUUGAUGGAUUUGAUCAAGUCUUUGGCGGUGAGAGUAGUGGAUUAGUCCUACUUGAGAGAUUGCGCACAGUUGUUUCCAAACACCAGAACACAAAAUGUAUUGUCUUCUCUCGACCACUCACCAAGCCAAUCCCCGGAGACUGUUCUCACUUCUCAAUCGGCAUUCAACAUACCAGUCAAGAUGUUCAGUACUUUAUCGAAUCGCAGUUGUCAUCGACAAUGAAUCUGAGCCAAAAGGACAUUUCUCUGGUAACAUUAAAGCUUGUGCAUACUGCCAACGGUUCAUUUGUAUGGUCUCAAAAUGCAAUUGAUAUUCUCAAAAGAGAACAGACACCAGAAUCCACAAUCAAACGUCUGGAUAGUCUCCCGAAAGACUUGGGCCAGCUACUUGAUGUCACUAUGUCCUCCAUUGACCUGAAGGCGCGAGACACAAAGUCCAUACUUGCCUGGAUCUUGGCAAGCGAGCGCCCUUUACUCAUAAGUGAAGUCAAGCAACUAUUGGAGAUUGAUACCGGUUCUUGCCAGCACGUUCCAAGAACAACCCGUGUUGAGGAUGAUAUUGCCACUUCCGUUGGACCAUUGAUUAAAAUGGAUGAUGGCUUUGUCCGAUUCUCCCAUGAUCUUGUGAAGCAAAACAUUAUCCAGAGAUCAAUGUCGGUUGUUGAUUCCAAGAACCCGGGCACCUUUCCAUUCCAUGUAAAAGAGGCCCAUUACGACUUGGCGUUGAGGUCGCUAGCUUACAUAAAAGCCUCCACUGCUAGACGCUCGGCUCACUUGAGCCUUAUUAACAUGACAGAAGAGGAGUUGAAUGAAUUGUUCAAAACAUACGAAUUCAUUCAAUACGCCUCCAGGUAUUGGGUAAUGCACUUCACGGCAUCCCCGAUGAAUGAGGGACCUCAACAAAAGCUCACUCCUUUAUUUAAAGCCUGCUUUGCCGACUCUGUCCUCCUGGCGUUAGUUGAAGGAGCUUGCUGGGAAUACCAAUUUCCACUUCAAGACGCCUUGACUCAAUUGCGAUUGACUCUUUCUAUACGAAGAUCUGUACAUGGUGAGACUUCAGAGUCUGUUCUCCAGACUUUACUCAACAUGGCGCGAUUAGAACAAAUCAAUGUUUCGUCAAAUGUAGAAUAUUACUACGAUGCAUGGAAGCUUGCGGAAGCUCUUCAUAUUCCAUCAAUAGCCUUUAAGUGUGCCCAGAAAUGCAUUGAAAGCACAUCUUCAAUUCCUGUUAUCAAGAAGACCGAGUUUGUAGUACGGAAGAUUGAACUUCUUGAGUACAUUGUCAAGGUGCAAAGAUCCACCAAUUCAGUCAGCCAAGAAACCAUAACAUUUGCCGAGACUCUGGUUGGAAUUUACGAUACUAUCGGCGAAACAACGAAAGUUACUGAGUGGCAAAAGUACAUUUAUGAGUUGAACGUAACGGUUCAUGGAAAGUCAGCUCCACAGACUGUUAAAUCAUGGGAGACACUUUCAAGGAGCUCAACUGAGAUUAAUAAGAUGGAGCAAAGUACCAGUAAUCUACAGCAAGAGUACGAAGUCAGUAUCCGAAACAUGAAUGCGUCUGCUUCGAAGCGUCUUGAACUCUCAUGGGCCAUGAUUGAAAAGUUUGAGAAGGAGAAGAACACUGUCAAGACCGAGGAGAUGCUGAUCAAUCUGUGGCAAAGCUUGACAAGUUUAACGCAUACUUACGACGUCUCCAUCCAAGAGAAGAAAAUUGAAGCCGCCCUCCGCUACGUUGAGUUCUUGAAACGAGAACAAAGAAUAGCCGAGGCAGAGAAUAUACUUAGAGGCAUCCACAUUGACCUCGAACAUAGUGAUAUUCAAUCUACUAACCUCAUCAAGCAUACGAAAUCUGUUGGUGAACAGUUGCAAAGCAUUGGGUCAACAGCAGCAGCUCAUCUCGUGUUUGACAAUCUAUGGGAAUAUUACGUCAGAAGUGGCAAACAAGAAUCUCCAGAGGCUAAAUCUGUCUCCAAGAGCUUAACUCAGAUUACCGAGACAAAGACAGAAGAACCUACACAGGAUCUCACAACGAUUCGCGAAGUAUUUGAAAGAACUAUCGUCAGUAAAGACCCUAAAACUAUCGAUACUACAACCAUACGCCAAGCUACAUCGUUAUGCGCUACUUAUUACUCAGAACAACGAUGGCCUGAGAUAUCCCAGGUGACAAAUUCAAUUUUGCUUCGGCUUUGGCCAUCAUUUUUAGGUAACAAUGUUAACAUACCUCUGCCGGCCAAUUUCACUGCAGAAAUCUUGGAGCUCCUCAAUCGACUGGCCUUCGCACAAUUCAAGUUACGCCAACUAGAAUUAGCUGAAAUUACCUACCGAAAGAUAUUCUACGCAGUUGUGGCCACUCCAGGGACCUCGGAUGAGCUCCUAGAAUCUACAUCUAAGACGUUGAUUGAUUUCUAUGAGUCGCAUUUUAUGACUGCAAAACUCAUCAUUGUUUACCGUGAUCUUCACCACGAGAUCGAAAAGAGACAUGGUAAGACACAUACAUGGACGAUCAAGACUCUGUACUUGUUGGGCGAUUUAAGCAUGCAAAUCUACAACAUCGCAGAAGCUGAGAGUGCAUAUCGCACCAUUCAUGUCAACCUAGGUAAAGGAAAUACGGAAGUCUGUCACAAAGAUGCUGUUCGAGCAGCUUUGGCUCUGUGCGUUAUCUAUGAACAGCAACGCCAGUAUGUGCCUGCUCAAAAGAUCUGUGGCUCCCUCUGGCAGAUGCUACUGAAACAUGGAAAGGAGUACGAUAUCAAGACAGAUUUUGCCGAAGAUCUGCAUCAACGAUAUGUCCGCGUCAUCAGGCAAGCAUCUGAAACACAUCACAGUUUGUUACGUCAGCUCGCUAUUGACUUCCGUAGAGUGUGUGUGACUUUGUACGGUGUUCAUCAAGAGAUCACAAUCAAAGCCACACUUCAACUCGCCGAGCUCAAUGAGAAUAGUGAGCAGCAUCGCGAAGAGGCUAUAUCCUUGUAUGAGGAAGCAGAUAUCAAAGCUCACGAAGCUCCAAAGGGGCAGAUCACUGAGGCCACUUUAGCAGUUGUACUUGCUGCAAAGAAGCGUCUGCCUCAUCUAUACUCCAUUUCCAAGCUCUCUGCGUCGACAGAAGCCAUUACUUUGUACAAACAAGAGUUCAACAAGUCUCAUACGGAGAAGGGAUACGUUUAUUGUGAUACUCUUCUCUGGCUCGGACACUUAACCAAAGCAUUGGCUAAGCAAGAUAAGCCAGAAGCUCUUUUGGAGGCCCAGCAAACUCUUCAAGUCUCGAUCCUGGAAGUUCUCAAGACCGAGAAGAAUUCUCAGAUCUUAUCAGACUCAGCAGUGAAAUUUGCAACGAUUUACAAGAAUGCAAGAUUUGAGUCGGAGGCAGUGAGAUUGACGAAGCAAUUGCGCUCACAGGCAAUCUUUGCCCAUUCCAAUCUAAAGCUUGACCCCAAUUUCAAGCUGGAAAGCUAUACCUGGGGUUUCCUGGUUGCUUUCGAGUCAACUGUCACAGAAAGAAAGGAAAUUUACUCAUCGAUCAUGGCUGAUUUAUUCAUGGAAGUCUUCUUAUACCAAAUGUAUCAGCGCUCGAUCUCUCAGAAGAUGAUUUUGACAACUGUCCUCUCCUAUGCUUCCAAGCUCCUUACAUUCUUGAUGGAUGUUGAAGAUGAUGCUGGAAUCGAGAUUGCUAACAAAUCUAUCCUUGAAUACUUCGCAGCUAACUUGGAUGUCAAGAAGAACUUGAAUAGCAAUACUCUCCGCGAAUUCCUGCGCAUAGUCCUCAUAAAUCUCAAUGAAGGCGAAGCCGAAAUCUCUAUCUUGCGAGCAGGUCUGGAUGCGACAAGUGUCCAUAUGAGUAAAGGCAAAUUUGCAGAGGGGCAAGAACUUGCUGAAUAUGUCGAUCGCUUUCAGAAAUUCUAUGGGGGCUAUGAUACUCUGCCUAAGAUAGAUAUGGGUCUACGCCUAGCGCAAGCUCUGGUUGGCAACAGAGCUAAGCAAAUCAGUGAUGUUCAGCUUCGCGCUUCUUCGGUGGCUUUGUCGGGAUCAAUCAUGAACCAAAUUAUUCAACAAUUCCGCACCGGCAAAAUCCAGGUCGUGGAUUUGCCAAUUGAGCAGCUAAAUAGUGUAUGCGGCCUGCUUGGAGAAAUUCAAGACCUAGAAGCUCUUGAGUGGCUGCUUACUCAACUCUGGAACUCCCGUCACUCGCAAAUCUCUUGGUCUUCCUCCACAAUCGUACAUAUUGGCCGCCUCCUCGUCGAAACACAAUUCUCCAGCGGUAAUCAAGACCAAGCUAUCCAUCUCCUGGAAGACAUGUGUUACAAUAUCCGUCGUGUAUGGGGUCCACUCGAUUCCACCACUCUCGAGAUGCAGAAUCUGCUCUCUGCAUUCUAUACCGCGUCUCCCCAUCCAGACCUCAGAAAAGCAAUGCGUAUUCAUGAAGACAUACUUUGCAGUACCGUCUCCGAUGCCGGCGAUGAGUUGCCCAGAGAUAAAGUAUGCACUAUUGCCAUUGCGCAACUAGAGUUGCUGAAGAGAGCUUAUUGGAGAAAGGGGACUUGGGAUAAAGAUAUAAGUGUAUACGUCGAUCUUUGGAGACAGAUAGAACAAGAGUUUGAGAGCGAAAAUGCGUGGAAAGAGGCAGUGAAGGCUCUUCAGAGUGUUGAUAAGUGGAGUGUCAAGAAGGGCGGAAAGGGCGAGAAAGAUGAUGAGUUUGGUGUUUGGAAGAGACCCGGAAAUUUCGAAUUCAUGAUGGUGGAGGAGGGGAAGAGAAAACAUUCGAAUAUGUUGAGGAAGGUUAGUAGUAUUUGGGGAUUCUCUUGCCAUAGUCAAAACAAUGAGAGGGAAAAGGAGAGUAUCUGA